AUGGAGAUGCAUCUGAAACAGUUGCACGUCACCUACAAUACAAGGCGAAGUUACAUUAAUUAUAUCAUGAAGAUCACUAUAAAAACCCUCACCCAGGCCCAAUUUUUGUUCGAGAUCAGCGAGACUUCGACGGUCCUCGAUCUUAAGAAUGCUAUAAAUGAUAGAGAGGGCUUGGGAGCCCCAGAACAGCAGAAGCUCAUCCACUCAGGCAAAAUUUUGAUGAACGACAACACACUCGCCUCGUACAACAUCAAGGAAGGUGACUUUGUUGUUGUUAUGGUCAAUGGACCUAAAAAGACUGCUGCGUCCCCUGCCGCAAAGGCUUCCUCGCCCACUCCAGUUGCCGCCCCUACACAAUCUGAAAGUUCUCCAGCACCACCACCAGCUGCCACCCCGGCAAGUACAAAUCUAGAUGAGGCAACUAUCACUCGGUUGUCUGAUAUGGGUUUCCCACGAGAGGCUUGCAUACAGGCCCUGAAUGCUGCAUUUGGUAACGGAGACCGAGCGGUAGAAUACCUCAUGAGCGGUAUUCCUGAGCAACCAGAGGCACCCGAGUCAGAGCACAUGGACGACGGCGAGGACGAACCCGACUCUACAGGACCGCAGGGUGACCAAGGAACUGGAGCACUCGCGUUCCUUAGGACGCAAGCCCCUUUCAUACAGAUGAGAGCUGCCAUCCAGCAGAAUCCACAGUUACUACAGCCUUUGCUUCAGCAGCUUGGAAGCACAAAUCCCGACCUUUUACAUAUGCUGAAUAAUAAUCAAGAAGAGUUUCUAACACUACUAAAUGAGACGACUGGCGGCGGCGCUCCAUCAGGACAAGUACAAAUUCGAGCAACUCCUGAGGAGAAGGCGGCUAUCGAUAGGUUGGUUGCCUUAGGUUUUGAGAAGGGACAAGUCAUCGAGGCAUACUUUGCCUGUGACAAGGAUGAAACUCUGGCCGCAAAUUAUCUGUUCGACAGCAACAAUUGGGAUUAAUGGAUUUGUCUCAUUAUAAGUACCUUCAGCUCUGCGUUGCUCUCCAUGUCGUUUCAAAUUGCCGGGACAAAUUGAAAACAUUAUCAGUUCAAGCAGCCAUUAAGUAGUUAUGAAUAACAACUGUUUCCUGGUUAAAUAUCUGUCAACAGAGAGUGAAUAGGCAAUCGGUUUUUAAUAAAUAUUAUUUGCAAAAGCGAGGGAUUUAUGAGAAUUAUUCGCAAUACCAAAGAUUAACUGCCAUCAUGUCUCUCUCAAUUCGUGGAGGCCGACGCACUUGUUUCAAUCAUUGAAAUUGUGCUUCGUCUUGUUCGCUUGUCGCCUGGAAUGUCACUACGAGCCGCGUCAUUCCAGACCC